UGUUCCGAAUAAAUAGCUUCCGAUGUGGGACAUAACAACCUUGUAAGAAGAAAGAAGAUGUCAUCCUUGGUGUCUGAAGCUAUACAGACAGAACUUGGUGCCAUUGAACGGUGGCCAGAUGAUGUGCAGUUUUUUCAGCAAUACCAAGCUGAACAGAUCACACUCCCUGACCACGCUGCCUGCCUCAGUGUUAAAACCUUUCUCCAUAUGUGUGGAUUAAACUACAGAGAGGAGCUGCGAACUAAUGCAGAAGAAAUGUCACCAUCAGGGAAAGUGCCAUUUGUAAAAGUUGGGCCAUUUUUGACGUCAGAGUUUGAACCAAUAGUAGCAUUUGUUAAUCAGAGGGGAUUUAGCAUAAGUGAACAUUUGGACGAUGCUCAGAGGUCAGAUAUGAAGGCGUACAUGGCAAUGGUGGAUAACAUACUUGUUAAUGCAGAGCUUUACCUGAGUUGGAUAAUACCCGAUGUUUUAUAUGAGGUAACUAUACCUCGCUAUGGUGUGGCACAGCCUCAGCCAUUAUCCUGGUUACUACCGCGACUAAAACAGCGAGAUGUUAAGACGAGACUGAAUAGUGUUGGCUGGGCAAAGAAGACAUUUGAUGAGGUGUGUGAUGAGGUCGUCACAUGUUGUCAGGCGUUGUCUGACAGACUAGGGACAAAUCCUUAUUUCUUUGGGGAGCGGCCUACAGAAUUGGACAGUCUAGUGUUUGGUCAUCUCUUUACCAUUAUUACAACAGAACUUCCCGAAAUGAGGAUAGCUAACAUUAUAAGGCGAUUUGAGACACUCACAAAUUUUUGUACGAAUGUGGACAAGUUAUAUAGAGACUUUUCUGCAAAUAUUUAAUAGACUUAGUUGGAUUAUCAGUGACCUAUUGAAGGCAUGCUGUGUAUAAAACAUUUGGACUGUGGGCAGUAUAAAGGACGUCCAAAGACAGAUUAUAUUGUUGUUGAUGCAAUGAGGAACCUUGCCAUAACCGUACAGUUCAGCCUUCUAUACAUUAUAUGUCCUACAUGUACAUGUGAGAUAUAUUUUUUACAUUGAAUUAAUAGUUCUGUGACAGUUAUGGGUGUAUUGUGAGCACAUCAUAAAACUUUGUAUGGAAUGACAUAAUAUGUAUCUUACCUGGUACAUCGACAUUACUUUACAUAGAACUGCAAAUUGAUGUGAACUUGAAGUAUGUUUUAAUAUUCAACAGUAAUUGCAAAACAAAUAUUUUGUGCAACGAUA